CCCCAUCAUCAUCCUUGUCCCCUCCCCUUCCCCCACUCGUGCGCUGUGCUUGUGCCACUCUGCAUCAGCUCCAGCACCUCACAACCAAAGCCUGCUGCCGCUGCUGCUCAUCAUCAUCACGGCGUGUGCAGCCAGCUGAUCGGGCUCAGGCAGGCAGGCGCCUUCAUGCACCUGCUCUUAAUGGGUGAGGAACCUCCGAGACUGCAAUGCCGGGACGCGGCGGCGGGGAGGAGGGCGCCGCGGUGAGGCUGGCCAGGAUCCGCAAGCGCCGCGCGCUUUCGUCCUCUGACGCGUCCAGCACGGCGAGGAGGCUGCGCUCCAGGAGGCCCGCCGUGCUGCUGAUACGAAGGAGAAAGGAAGGAGUCGCGGCCAUGUCCGAGUCGUCGUCCCGGAGCCGGCAUUGCUGUCGCCACGCCGCCGACGGCGCGUCGGCGAGGAGGCUCGUCACCGCCUUCUGGCAGUCGGACAAGGACAGGCUCUUCGGGGACGGGGAGGAGCAUCAUUCCCUGCUCACGCACAAGGACGCGGUGGCGCGCCGGAGCUUGGUUCCUCGGAGCAACGCCUCCACCGAGGUUUCCAAGACCUCAAGGAGCAGGACCAAGAUAUUUGAGGAGGCUGGUGGCCGGAAGGGGAGCUGCCACAACGCCCAUGGACAGUGGCUUUCAGCAGAUGUCAUGAGCAACUGCAGCGCAAUGGAGAUUGGCACACACCCUCAAGACGAUGUUUCAAGAUGCCCUGAAGAGAAAGCGAUCCAGCUGAAGGAUCUGUAUAACAGCUUGAUUGCGUCGAAGGAACUGGCCAAAGUGCUAGCACACAUCUGGGGAGAAGUGAACCCAUCAACCGUUUCACUCAUCUCCGCGCUGCGUUCCGAGCUGGAUCUUGCGCGCGCCCACGUACGAAGGCUCAUCAAGGAGCAGAAAUCAGAGCAUAGCGAAAUCGACGUUCUAAAGAAGGAGCUCGUGGAGGAAAUGGAGUCCUGGAAGGCCAAGCAGAAGGAGAAGGCCGCAACCGCUCUGCAGUACAUCGUCACGGAGCUGGACAACGAGAAGAAGUCGAGGAGGAGAGCAGAGAGGGCGAAGGAGAAGCUCGGCGCGGCAUUGGCCGACGCCGAGUCCUCGCUACGCGCCGCGACGAAGGAGCUGGAGAGGGAAAGGAAGUCCAGAGAGAGAGUGGAGAAGAUGUGCAGCGAGCUCGUGAGAGGCAUCGGCGAGGACAGGGCCGAGGUGGAGGUGCUCAAGAGAGAAGCUGAGGACGCGCAACGGGAGCUUGAGAAAGAGCGGGAGAUGCUCCAUCUUGCAGACGAGUGGCGCGAACAACGAGUCCAGAUGAAGCUGCUGGAGGCGCGGCUUCAGUUCGAGGAGAAGAACUCGGCGCUCAAUCAGCUGCACGACGAGCUGCAGGCGUGCUUGGACGCCAAGAAGGGCCAGGAGCCUCAGAAAACCGAUCAGACGCCAUCAACCCAUGCGUCUGGCUCUGUUCCAGCUCCAGACAGUGCUGGUGAUGGAGGAUUCAGUGAGGAUUGCGACUCGGAAGGGAGUGACAUGCACUCCAUCGAACUGAACGUCGACGGCAACGGCAAUCUACAUACGUGGAGCUACACUCCUUCGUCGAGGCACGACCGGAGCGUGGACGCGUCGAUGAUGCAUGGAUCAUUUACCGAUGAUAGACGGGCGGAUGACGCCGGCUCGCGCGGUGGCGUCGACCGGAAAACGUUCAGGGAGACGGAUGAUGCGCUGCAGGGGGACUGGGCAGAAGGGUGCAGCCACGGAGUGCUCAACUUUGAUCAUGAUGAGGAGAGGUACCAGGCGAUCAAGGAUCUCAGGGAGCAGAUGCUGGCUGGAUCUGGGCUCCUCGUCUCACAGGGCAGAGACACUGCUCAAAGUGAGCACUGUAACUUGUGAUGUAAAUUUACACUUGGCCGAUUACUGAAGUGUACCGACCAGUCACUGCUGAUGUUAGCUAGAUAAUGACUUGCUCAAUCGGACAGGCAUAUAUAGUCAGGGUUUGUCUUUGUUGAUGCGUUUUCUUUUGCACGAAUGCUUUGAGCUCUUGAAAUUUGGUGAUACGGUUCAAGUGCAUUCGGUUCCAUGCUUGUAGUUUUUCUUUUCUUUUGAGGGCUCCAUGCUUGUAGUGUUAUGUACUGUAUAUUAUCACAAGGAGAUAUGAAUAUGUAUGUUACAGCUGUCA